AUGUCGCACGAUAAAUUACCAUUAUUUUUAUUACUCGUCGCCAUUUUUAUGACGUCAUCAUCAUUAUUUGAAAAAGUUUUAGCAACGGGACCGGGAAGAAUAACUUGUUAUUUUAGCAAUUGGGCAAUUUACAGACCGAAUGUCGGAAGUUACAAUACCGAUGACGUACCUGGUAAUUUGUGCACUCAUGUUAUUUAUUCCUUUAUCGGUGUCAGCAACGUGACGUGGGAAAUUUUAGUUUUGGACGAUGAAGUAAUCGCUGUAGGAGGUUGGGGAGAAGGAGGUAAAAAAUAUUCAGAAAUGGUCAGCGUGAAAGCACGAAGAAAAACAUUUAUAAAAAGCGUCGUAGAAUUUAUGAACGAAUUUAAUUUCGAUGGAUUCGAUUUAGAUUGGGAAUAUCCAGGUGCAUCCGAUAGGGGUGGAAAAUUUUCCGAUAAAAAUAAUUUUUUUUAUUUCGUACAAGAAUUAAGAAAAUCAUUCGAUAGAGAAGGAAAAGGUUGGGAAAUCACAAUGGCCGUUCCCGUCGCAAAAUUUCGUUUAAACGAAGGCUACCACGUACCUGAAUUAUGCCAAAACAUGAACGCCGUUCACGUCAUGACUUACGAUCUGAGAGGAAAUUGGGCUGGUUUUGCUGACGUUCACAGUCCCCUUUAUAAAAGACCACACGAUCAGUGGGGAUACGAAAAACUUAACGUCAACGAUGGUGUUCAACUUUGGGUCGAUUACGGUUGUCCGCCGGAAAAAUUAAUUGUCGGUAUACCAUUUUACGGUCGUACCUAUAAACUAAGUGCCGGUAAUACAAAUUUCAAUUUGGGUACUUAUAUAAAUAAAGAAGCCGGCGGUGGUGAUGCAGGACCGUAUACGGAUGCAAAAGGAACUUUGGCUUAUUACGAAAUAUGUUGGGCUUUUAAAAAUGAAGCGGAUUGGAUAGAAAAAUGGGAUGAUGUCGGUUUGUGUCCUUAUGCGUACAGAGAAAGGAAUUGGGUGGGUUACGAAAAUGAAAAAUCGAUACAAUAUAAAAUGGAUUGGAUAAAGAAAAAAGGUUAUGGAGGUUCCAUGAUUUGGUCCAUAGACAUGGACGAUUUUCAAGGAUUGUGCGGACGUAAAAAUCCACUUAUUAAUUUAAUAUAUAAAAAUAUGAAAGAUUACGUGGUUCCAAAAUCGAACGUUAUCACGACGCCAAGGCCGGAAUGGGAUAGGCCUCCUAGCACGACACCUGAUAUAGAGGAAGAUAUAACUACGACGAAAAAACCGACGACGACGAUGGUUACAAACACAUCGUCGGAUAUGGAUUUCGAUACUGCGACAGAGGAUCAAACAACGACGCCACCUUACGCAACGAUAAUAACAACAGCGGAAACGACAACGGAUAGUAACGAAGAAAAUUACGUAUUUAAUUCAGAAUGUUCAGAAGAUCAAGAUUUCAUUCCACACGAAGAUUGUGACAAGUAUAAAAGAUGCGUUUUUGGUAAACCUGUAACAUUUACAUGCAAACACAACACUGUUUGGGUACAAUCACGACAAACGUGCGAUUAUUCAUUUAAUGCCGACAGACCUGAAUGUAAACUGAAAAAAAGUAAAAAAAUAUUUUCCAGUACAAAAUAA